UUACCUUUUCCUAUUAUAAUUAUUGUGUCGUCAUGAAGUUCUUUUUACCCAUGUAGCUCAUCGUGCGGUUUGUUCAUGAUAAACUACAUGGAAUAUUGGACAGGAACAGAGCUAUCUGACAGUCUAACUCAGGAUGAUAUGAAAAACUUUAGACUAAAAUUAAUUGCCAUUUUGUGGGACUCAGAACUAAAUACAAGGAAAGGCUGCCUAGAUUCUGAGCAUGAUAACAGUGAGAGAGGGAGUUCUGAUGAAAUUGAAAUUAUAGAUAGGCCUGCCAAAAUAUGCAAAAGGAACAAAUCAGAUGUACUUUACACUAGCAGCACGACGAUGAACGAAGAGGAGCUAAUAGCCAUGCUUCAAAACUAUAUCAAGUCAAUGACUGAUGCUAAUACUUUGGAGAUUUUUAGGCAGAAAUUAGCUUUCAUCUUGCAAGAGACGAAAGCACGUGCUCUUUCCAUUCGUAGCAUACCGCUGGGAGAACAAGAGUUAAGGGAUGAAAUUUGGGAAUAUGUCAUGUCAAUUGAUCAUGAUGAGGCUUUAAAGAAAGAAUGGGUGCUAAGCCCCAAGCCUUACCCGAUUGCCUUAACUCUCAAGAAAAUUCAAGAAACAUUAAAGAAGGAUAAAUCGAUGGAUCCAGAUUGUUUCAACCUAGCUGUACGGCACCUCGCUUGCCAAGAACUGCAUAUGUUGAAAGCAACGAACAAAAUUGUGUCGAAGCACUACAUGGACUUAAAGUUUUGCGAUGCUUGUGCUUUUUCACGAGGUCUUAUGUAUCGUGUUAAGGUCGAUGCUCAACAGCUAGCGAAACUGGUUCUUAGCUGGCCUUGGAGGAAGUAUGAUGUCUCAAAGUGCAGAUUGGUUCAUAUUCCAUGCUUUAAUUUCUUAACCGCCAAGUUCAUAUUGUACGGGCUAGACCUGAAGAAUAGAGUUGUCUCUAUAUAUGACCCGGCUCCUAUAGAUCCUGGGUUCAAGCAACAUCCACUACGAAAGUAUACACCAAAAAUUCAGCGUCUUUCAAGUGUCCUAAAUAUGGUCAUGAACGUUGCAUGCACGGGGUGGAAUGAGAAUGUUUAUCUAUUGGAUCAUGUUAUCCCAAAUGGCGUCCAAGUAAACACAAAUAGUGAAAUGUCUGGUUAUUAUGUGCUACUUUUCAUGAGUGCAUGGGAUGGUGAAAGGAUUCAGACACUAUUUUGCAUGGAUGCUUAUGAACUAAGGAAGCGCUUCUUGGUACAUCUAUUGACAUACAAGGAAAAUCAAUAUGAGCACAACAUACCUGAAGUUCUAUGAUAUUAUCUUAGACGCUACAUUAGCCUCACAAAUGGAAAAGCAUGAAUUGUUAUAGCAUUCUCUAUCUAGGUGAUUAUUAGAAAAUUGUAUCAAAAGUUUAAGACAUUUGGAAUGUUGGAUACACUUUUUUUCCACUAUCUUUAA